GGUGGAAGAAGGGUUGAUCUUCCUGGGCUUUGAUGUGUUAAUUCCCCAGAGGAGCUGCUCGCUCCGCCUGAGGAGCGCUGCUGCUUCGCUGCUCCGCUUCCCACAUCUCCCACUCUGCUGCCACGUUCGCCUUCGUCCUUGGUUAGACGAGGAAACCCGCCGUCGCUUAACCUCUCCGUCUCGGUUCAGAGGAGCCCUGACGGCAGCGAGUGCCUGUGGUGCUGGGGUUGCAGCUCUCCGCUUCGGCUGCCUGCCACAGUCACUCGUGUCCUUAAAUGCAUGAAGAUAGUCAUGACCAGCAUGGAGUAUAGCUGGGACAUUCACGGACACUGCGUCUGGCUAAAUAAGACUAAUGGACAUAUAUCUGGGAAUGGAGAUGUGUAUCAAGAAAGGCUGGCUCGUCUGGAAAAUGAUAAGGAAUCUCUUGUUCUGCAAGUAAGCGUGCUUACAGACCAGGUGGAAGCCCAAGGAGAAAAGAUUCGGGAUCUGGAGUUCUGUCUAGAGGAGCACAGGGAGAAGCUGAAUGCCACGGAAGAGAUGCUGCAGCAGGAGCUUUUAAGUAGAACAUCCCUUGAAACUCAGAAGCUGGAUCUUAUGGCAGAGGUUUCCACUCUGAAGCUAAAGCUUACAUCUGUAGAGAAGGAUAGAUUGGACUAUGAGGACAGAUUCAGAGACACAGAGGAUUUGAUCCAGGAGAUCAAUGAAUUGCGGCUGAGAGUGGGAGAAAUGGACAAUGAAAGACUCCAGUAUGAGAAAAAACUGAAAACGACCAAAGAUGAACUUGCAUCUUUGAAAGACAAACUGGAGCAGAAGGAAGCUGAGGUUAAAAGACUGCAGGAAAAAUUGGUUUGCAAGCUGAAAGGAGAAGGAAUUGAAAUAUUGGACAGAGAUAUAGAGGUACAGAAAAUGAAGAAGGCGGUAGAAUCUCUAAUGGCAGCAAAUGAAGAGAAGGAUAGGAAGAUAGAAGAGCUUCGCCAAUCUCUGAAUAGGUACAAGAAAGUUCAAGACAUGGUGAUAUUGGCUCAAGGUAAAAAAGGCAAGGAAAGCGACAGUGAAGACUUCUUGAAUUCAGGGUCUGUUUCCACAGUUUUAUUGGACACACCAAGUCUGACUGACCCGGAGAAAAGCCUGUCCCCAACCCCAGUAACAGCAUCUCCAAUCCAUGAUGAGUUUAACGUAAAUAUUCAUGAAGAGAAUUCUUUACAGAUCCACACCAGUAUUUUACAGAUUUCAAUCCCUUCUUUUUCAUCAACGUCCAAGAGCUCAGAAACUGCUGCAGAGAAAGUGAAAACGCAGCCUAGGUCAGACGCUGCAACUGAAAUGAGUGAAGGAAAAUCAACAGGUUCUUCCCCAGAAACUCAGCUGUGUGAUAGUCCAGUAACUUCUUCACUGCAGAAGUCCAGCAGUCUGAGCAGUUUGAGAAAAGAGACAUCCGAAGCGGACAGAGACUCUGCACAGAAGCCAGCAGAGGUUAAACCUCCUGUGGAAGGUAAUAAUUUCGCAACCCUCCCUCCAAAGUCUCCUUCUCAUGGCGGCACAGGCGAUGAGGAUAGUUUUGGUACCCGUAAAGCCAGAUCUUCGUUUGGACGAGGCUUUUUCAAGAUCAAAAAUAACAAGAGGACCGCGAGUGCCCCCAAUCUGGCUGAAACAGAGAAGGGAUCUGCAGAUCACCUGGAUCUGGCUGGCUUGCCCCCUCGCCCGAAAGAAAUGGAUAGUCUACAUAUGACGCCACCUUCUCCGGAUUCCAAGAAAAAGGCCAGAGGGAUCAAGAAGUUAUUUGGAAAACUUAAAAGAAGUCAGUCUACCACCUUCAACCCAGAUGACAUGUCCGAGACGGAGUUCAAGAGAGGAGGGACAAGAGCAACUGCGGGGCCACGACUGGGCUGGUCUCGAGACCUGGGGCAGUCUCACAAUGAGCUGGACAUGCCAUUCGCAAAGUGGACGAAGGAGCAGGUUUGCAACUGGCUCCAGGACCAAGGGCUAGGCUCUUACAUUAGUAAUGGCAAACACUGGAUACUGUCUGGGCAAACACUUCUGCAGGCUUCUCAGCAGGAUCUGGAAAAGGAGCUCGGGAUAAAGCACCCAUUGCAUCGGAAGAAGCUUCAGCUUGCUCUGCAGGCACUCGGGUCUGAAGAGGAAAACAAUCAUGGAAAACUGGAUUACCACUGGGUUACCAGGUGGCUGGAUGACAUUGGCCUCCCCCAGUAUAAGACCCAGUUUGAUGAAGGAAAGGUGGACGGCCGAAUGCUGCAUUACAUGAGCGUGGAUGACUUGCUGUCCUUGAAAGUUGUCAGUGUCCUCCACCACCUCAGCAUCAAAAGAGCCAUUCAGGUUUUGAGAAUAAAUAACUUUGAGCCCAACUGUCUGCGCAGGAGGCCGUCUGAUGAGAAUAAUGUCACACCUUCUGAGGUCACCCAGUGGACCAAUCAUCGUGUGAUGGAGUGGUUACGCUCCGUUGAUCUGGCAGAGUAUGCACCUAACCUGCGGGGGAGCGGUGUGCAUGGUGGACUGAUGGUUUUGGAGCCUCGUUUCAAUGUAGAAACCAUGGCACAGUUGCUGAACAUCCCACCAAACAAGACGCUACUGAGGCGGCACUUGGCGACUCAUUUCAACCUCCUCAUUGGACAGGAGGCCCAGCAGCAGAAACGCGAAGCCAUGGAGUCCCCAGACUAUGUCCUUUUAACAGCAACUGCCAAAGUAAAGCCAAAGAAACUUGCCUUCAGCAAUUUUGGGAGCCUGAGGAAGAAAAAGCAAGAUGAUGUGGAAGAGUAUGUGUGUCCUAUGGAGCUGGGACGGGCAUCUGGAAGUGGGUCGAAGAAGGGCUUUAAGCCUGGCCUGGAUAUCCGAGUGUAUGAUGAUGAUGAUUUGGACAGGCUGGAGCAGAUGGAAGAUUCGGAAGGGACAGUGAGGCAAAUAGGAGCGUUUUCUGAAGGCAUCAACAACUUGACGCACAUGUUGAAAGAAGACGAAAUGUUUAAAGACUUUGCGACUCGGUCUCCUAGCACCAGCAUAACAGAUGAGGACUCCAACGUGUGACAGUAACCACCAGGCACUGACAAAGGCCCACUUUCCUAUGUGCAAGAAAUGUCAUCGUUAUACGUGAGGGGCAGCAGAUCAUGUACAUUACAUUGCUCUUGCUUCUGUUUGUUAGAAGUAAUAUUGGGAGGUGGAGAAUUUUAAAAAAAAAAAAAAAAAAAGGAAAAAAAAGAAAAAAGGUGCCUACUUGCCUACUCUAAAGUUGCCAUAAGAAACACACAGACACACAUGAAUGGUAAUUGUUUUUACUAUAUUUAAUGUACAAACUGGUGUUAUGUUUCAGAGUGUUGCAUUUAAAUCUACAUGGUAUCAUAGUGCUCCUUUUGCUUAUUCACGGCCUCAGAUAAUCCUUUAUACUGUUUCAAAAUAACAGAAGAUGUUAGGUAGACGUAUUGUGUCUGUAGAUAUUGUGCAUCAGCUUUCUCUAGGCUCUCAGCUGAAAAAAGAAGUUACUGCCCUUUUUCAAGUGCAUUUGUUGAGCACAAAUACCAGUUCUGACCUUCCUACGGUAUCCAAUGCAGGAUUUUAGUCAGCCAUGCCUUGCAUAAGCUCCCGGGUAGCUCUGAACUGUUCCUCUUAUUUUUAUACUGUUUUAUAAAAAAAAAAAAAAAAGGAAAAAAGAAGUAUAUGAAGUACAUAUAAAAGCAAAAAUUUAAAUUUUGUGAGAUAGAGUGAUGGAAAGUUCGAGGUGUGGGGGAAGGGGAGAGGGUUGUAAAAAGAUUAUGCCAGUUUGCAUACCAGCUGGUUACUGGAAAAGGCAGGCUGACCUUUGGAACUGUUUGCUUUCGUUGCUUUUUGCUAAGUGCACAGUUUAAUGAUCUUCCAUUUGGGAUGAAACAAUUAUAAAGCAUGUUUCUUCUAGCAGUGACUCUUACGGAAACUGCGCAUUUUAAAAUGUCUUCUUUCUUGUUCCCAGCAGCAGUAAUUAUAGCAUUCAAACAAGGUUAUUAACAAUUCUGUGACUUAAGAAAUUUCCUUAAAGUUGAGAGUACUCCCUGCGUAUGGAAGGGAUAUUUCUGUGCUGUGACUAACGUAAAGAUGGUGUAGUUGCAAAAAAAAAAUAAUAAAGUUAUAUAGAGAAAUGUAUAGGAAAUAUAUUAUUUCAUAAUAUUAAACCUGAGAUAGGACUUUUCCUCAAAAAUUGAAAUAUCAAACACGUUGCUCAUCAUUUUACCUUCUCAAAGCACAGCUCCUCUGCUUUUGAAGAUCAUCAGAUUUUAAAAAUCCUAACUAGCCAGUGGAAAUCUUUUGUCAGCCUUUCAGCAUUGCGAGGUGUCCUAAGCCAAAAGCAAACCCAAAAAAGUAACUCUGUUUAUCGCAGUGGUCAUUCGUACGGUGUUGAACGUUGCAUGUAUUUUAGCACAAUGGCAUGAAGCUUCUUUGCUAUGUAAAGGCAAAAAAAAAAAAAAAGUACAGCUGGAAUUGUUCCUUGCGGUGGUGUGUUGUUUUACCAAGCGUUUGUCACUCAUUUCAUCGCUCUCCUUGCUGGAAGUGACACCAUUUCCAACACAUUGCUGGUGUGGUGUGGUGCAAGGGAUGUUAGAUUUGUGCUGACUUUGUGGGU